AUGACCAUCGAAUCGCGGGACAACUACUACAAUCCCCUCGUGCUCUGGGUCUAUGAUUUCUUCGUGCAGAUCCUCACCAACACAUUCUGGUGGCGCUGCCCCACCAGAUCCGUCCUUAUUCCCUUCUUCCUCAAGAACACGAGUCAAAACCACAUGGAGGUAGGCGCCGGGACCGGCUACUUCCUCCGUGCCAAAGUCGACCACGAACUCCAAAAAAACCCCAUUCCCAAACCCAGCAAGGCGUCCAGCUCGUGGCCCAAAAAGCUUACUAUAGUCGACUUCCACUCGCAGUGUCUGACCAAGGCCGUGAACCGUAUUGCGUCCGACACGGCCGUCCAGCCGGAGUGUGUCGUGGCGAAUAUUCUGGAGCCGCUCCCACUUGCGCCGAAGAAAUUCGACUCCAUCGGCCUGAUGUACGUCUUGCAUUGUAUUCCGGUUCCCCCCAGCACCAAGGGGCGGGUAUUUGAGAACCUGAAGGAGUUCCUUGCGGACGAAGGGGUGUUUUUCGGCUCGACGGUCUUGAGCAAAGGGGUGAAGCAUAAUCUGAUCGGAGGAUUUUUGAUCUGGUUAUAUAAUUAUAUCGGCAUGUUUGGAAACCUCGAUGAUGGGAAGGAGGAGAUUUUGAAGCCCCUGAGGGAGAACUUUGAAGAAGUCGAGAGUGAGAUUGUGGGAACUGUCUUGCUGUUCAGGGCGCAGAAGCCGAGACGGUCGUAA